AACAUGACAUCUCUAUAACUAUCGAUACUUUUUAGGUUAAUGGCGAAAUUAGUUUUAUUUGGCAUUUCACGAUUUGCUAUUAAUUGUUUACGUUUUAAAAUAUUAUAAUACGACGCCAAAAUGAAGAUUAAACUUGUUGAUUCUGUUGUAAAAAGUUUUAAAGUAGCUAAAGUUUUCCGUGAAAAUACUGACAAAAUCAAUGCAAUAGAUUUUUCGCCAAAUGGAGAGCAUUUGAUUUCAUGCAGCGAGGAUGACCAAAUAGUUAUAUACGACUGCGAGAAAGGAAUACAAUCUCGAACAGUUAACUCAAAGAAGUAUGGCGUGGAUCUUAUACGAUUUACGCACGCCAACAAUACUGCAAUUCAUAGUUCAACGAAGGUAGACGACAACAUACGUUAUCUCAGCCUCCAUGAUAAUAAGUAUUUGCGUUACUUUCCUGGACAUACCAAAAAAGUUAUUUCACUAUGUAUUUCGCCGGUUGAAGACACUUUUCUCUCCGGUUCAUUGGAUAAGACAUUGCGUUUGUGGGAUUUGCGCUCCCCUAACUGUCAAGGGUUGAUGAAUUUGCCUGGUCGCCCCGUUGCAGCAUACGAUCCAGAGGGAUUAAUAUUUGCAGCUGGUGUCAAUUCUGAAAGCAUCAAAUUAUAUGACUUGCGCUCAUUCGAUAAAGGUCCAUUCGUAACAUUUAAGUUAUAUCAAGAGAAAGAAUGUGACUGGACUGGUUUGAAAUUUUCAAGGGAUGGCAAGAUAAUACUUAUCAGCACAAAUGGAUCCAUUAUACGCUUAGUAGAUGCUUUUCAUGGAACGCCGUUGCAAACUUUUACUGGUUACCCCAACGAUAAGCGUAUACCCAUCGAAGCUAGUUUCAGUCCGGAUUCUCAGUUUAUUUUCUCUGGAAGCACAGAUGGGCGUGUACAUAUAUGGAAUGCGGAUACGGGUUGUAAAGUGUGCGUUUUAAAUGGAGAUCACCCUGGACCAGUACAGUGUGUACAAUUCAAUCCCAAAUACAUGAUGCUUGCAUCAGCGUGUACAAAUAUGGCCUUUUGGUUACCCACCUCCGAAGAUGACCAAUAAAAUAUAGCCCAAGCAAAUAAAUUCAAUUAUAUACUACUACUUAACUUUGAACUUAAGCUCUUAGUUUUAUUUACAAAUGACUGAAUGAAUGAAUAACAAUAAACAUUGAUUUAUAACAAGUAA